AGUCUAGAGUCUCGGCCAGCAUCUGUCUAUGAGGUCUUGACCCCAGGAGCACCAGCAGCAGCAGUAAACCGUGAAUCUGUCCAGAGGAAAGGAAAAGUAAAGAGAAAGUCAAAGGAAUCGAUGGAGAAUGCAACGCCGCAAGGGGAAGGAAUAUUUGAAUGCGUCUAUGAGAAUUUCUGACCUACUGGCAUCUGCACUGUGUUUGGGGAAACUAUAUGCCUAUAUUUUCCUGCUUUUGCAAUCUCUCUUGCUCUUUUACACAGACCUAAAAUCACGUAUGUAUUUUACCCUGCAGCUUCGUGACUUCUGUUGAAAAUAAACUGCUGUGUCUCUGGUUGUUAUCAUCACGGAAUGUCUCUGGUUGUUAUUUUGUCUAAUUAACAGAUAUCUGCAAUAUGUCAGAUUCAUUUUAGCGAGAGAUUUUGCAAACUGAACCCGUGUUCUCCAAAGUCCCACCAUAAUAAGAUUGUAUCCAAUGAGACUAUUAGGCUAUUUUGAGUAAGAACCAAUCGAAACGCGUCUCCCAUCUCUACUUCCGGGUUUGGUUUAUUUACGUUUUUCAUCUAUUGUUGACCAUGGCAGCGGAGGGGGACUUUCUGAUGAGAUAUCGUGCUGUAUCAAAUAAAUUGAAAAAACGUUUUCUUCGGAAACCCAAUGUAGCAGAAGCAAGUGAGCAGUUUGGCCAGUUGGCUAAAGAGCUGAAGCAGCAAGACUGCCUUCAGUAUGCAGCCUUCUGUGACCUUGCAAUGGCAAGGUGUGAGCAGACUCUUUUCAAUGCUCCUGGGGAGGCCCUGGCCCUGACCGAUGCUGCCCGGCUCUUCCUGCUCUCUGAGAAGGAGAACAGAGCACUACAAGCCCCAGGCUUCGACGAGCACCUGCAGGCCGCACUCAACUGCUACAGCUUCGCCAUCAAGGUGUACAUUGAGAUGAACCAGCCUGUCAUGGCUGCCAGUCUAUCUCUGGAACUUGGCAAUGCCCUCAAGGAAAUGAACAGACCAGGUGAGGCCAUAGUUCACUACCAGAGAGCAGCAGAACUCCAGACACAGCAGCCCAUUGAGUCUCUGCUGUCUAUGGGAGAGAUGGCCACCUGCAAAAUACUCACCCGUGACUAUGACGGCGCGCUGUCCGUGCUGACAGAGAUACAGCUGAUGUGUCAGGAGAGGGGACUGCAACUGCCCGGCACCAGCACCCCCGUUGGUGCAUUUCUGGACAUUGUGGCCAAGUGUGAGAUUUCUAGAGUACUUUUGCUGAUGCUGCUUGAGCCUCCUCCCCAGAAGUUGUUGCCAGAGCAUGCCCAGACCCUGGAGAGAUACGCCUGGGAGUCGUUUGACCCUCAUAGUCAGGUGACCUUCCUACCUGAGAAUGUCUUCCUGCUCCUGCAGUCAGUUGUGAUGGCCUGCCAGGAAAAAGACACAGAGUCCCUCAAGUCUCUUCAACCUGAACUCUGGCCUCUUCUCUCAGCAGAGCAGAACCACCUCCUUCACCUGGUGGUGCAAGAGCGGAUCACCCCCUCUGGACAGGGGAUUUAGUACAGUCCAGAUCAACUCACUACACCCCCUCGGAAUGACACAUAAUGGAACAUUCCUGUCUCUGUCUUGGUCUGUUGUAGGGCCUUUUGAAUAAUGUGGGGUUGUCUUUUCUUUAAAAAAAAAUGUGGGAACCGGACCAAGCAUGUCAUUGGACAUACUGUACAUCUUACUGCAUCCCGUUAUGCCUAUUAGUGGUCGCAGGAUUGCUCUCGUGGUGGAGUCUUGCAUCAAAUAGUUAUUUAUUGGAUAUAUGUUGAAUAGAUGAAAUAUGAAUGAAAAAUAUGCUUUUUUUUCUAGCGUUUUUAUUUUUGUUAAUAAAUUGUAUAGUCUGAACAAACAUGGCUUAAAUUCCAAUGUAAUUACAAAACAGAAUCCCUCUACUGCAUUAUAAUAAAUGGUGAUAUUACAUACACCGCA